UUGAAGAGGAAUUCCUUUUGGUUGCUCGCUUUUGCUUGGAAACUUGGAUGUCAGGUAAAAUGGCGGAGGAAGUUUUAAAGAGUUUCCUGACUUGCCAAGUGUGUUGUGAGACUUUCAAAGAUCCCGUGUCUUUGUGCUGUUACCACAACUUCUGUCGCGGCUGUCUUGAAAGCUUCUGGGAGCUAGCUAAAAACAAAAACUGUCCUACUUGUAAGAGAAGGGAUUCAAAGGAUACUCUCUUAAUUAACUUUGGACUACAGGAAUUAGUGGACAGCUAUGCUGGAAGACAGAGAGCUGAUCCACCCGAGUCUAGGGCAGUGUGUAGAACUCACACACAGGAUCUUAAAUGGUGUGAGGAGGAGCAGAGAGUUGUGUGUCUGGUCUGUGACCAGCAGGUCCAUGGUCUCACACUGGUUCCUCUAGAAGAUGAGGUGCGUAAUGUCAACAAGCUUCUGAAACCUCAAUUAGACUUAGUACAUAAUGUCAAGGUGCAGCUGAAACCUCAGCUAGAGUCGCUGAAGAAGAAAAUGAAUGAAUACAAAGAGAUUUAUGACACAUAUGGUAACAUGGGCCAACACUGCAAGAAACAACUGGGAGAGACAGAGAGACAGAUCAAGGCAGAGUUUGACCAGCUUCACAAGUUCCUAAUUCAGGAGGAGGAGGACAGAAUGGCAGCCCUGAAGGAGGAAGAGAAACAGAAAAGGGAGACAAUCAUCCUGGAGCAGGAGAACAUUCAAGCACAGAUGUCCGUUCUCUCAGAGGUAAUCUCCGCUGUGGAACAGGACCUGCCGCUGAAAGACAACGCAGCGUUUCUCACCCUCCCCAGGGACCUCUUGUCAGGGUCUGCUCCACAGCUGCUUCGUGGAGGUCUGGUAGACGUGGCCAAACACCUGGGAAACCUGUCCUUCAGAGUGUGGGAGAAGAUGAGGGAGAAAAUCAGGUUCACACCUGUUAUCCUCGAUCCAAACACGGCAUCGAACCGUGUUGUUAUCUCAGAGGAUCUGACCAGUGCGAGACAUAAGACCGGACCGCCGCAGGAGCACCCUGAAAACCCAGAAAGAUUCUCAGACUAUUCAAAUUUUCUAGGUUCUGUUGGUUUCACCUCAGGGAGACACAGCUGGGAGGUGGAGGUAGGAGACCAUCCUGACUGGCUGAUAGGGGUCGCUAAAGAGACGGUGGACAGGAAAGGUGGGCUUUAUGCAUCGCCAGAAAAUGGAUUCUGGUGUUUAUUCCAUUACAAGGAUGGGUACAGUAAUGGUUCAACUGAAAGAUUGAAUUUGGAGAGGAAUCCUACGAGGAUCAGAGUCCUGCUGGACUGUGGGGAAGGGGAGGUGUCCUUCUACGACGCAGGAGGAAAUGAUCUCAUCUUAUCUUAUAGAGACACAUUUUCUGAGAAGAUCUUCCCAUUCUUUUGUGUUUGGGCAGCAGGUGAAGCUCAAACCGUAGAUGUGAAGGUGUGUGGUGCUAAACGUGAUUUGAAUGUCAAUUGA